AAAGUGCCUUUCUUUGAGAAGUUCUUUUCGAGAUUCGGUGGCUGAGAUUUACUGGGCAAAAACAGGCAGCUCUGUUUAUUGUUUUACCGUCAGAAUGAAGCUUAUUGGUUCACUUUGUGCUGUGGUAUUCUGCUCCUUCUUGGCUUUUUGCAAGCCAACUCAAGAAAAGAAAGACCGUGUCCACCAUGCCAAGGAACUGAGUAACCAGCCACAUGAUGACGGAAAUCAUCAGUAUGACCAUGAGGCCUUCCUGGGUAAAGAAGAGGCAAAGACUUUUGACCAGCUCACCCCUGAAGAGAGCAAAGAAAGGCUAGGAAAGAUUGCUGAAAGAAUUGACCGUGACAAGGACGGGUUCAUCAUUCAUGAGGAGCUGAAGGACUGGAUAAAACAUACACAGAACCGAUAUAUAUAUGAGAAUGUGGAGAGGCACUGGCGAGACUAUGACUCUAACAAUGAUGACAAGGUCUCUUGGGAGGAGUACAAGAACACCACAUAUGGGUACAAUAUGGAUGAGGAUUUACAUGAUGCUGAGGACAAGCACAGCUACAAGAAGAUGUUGGCACGUGAUGAACGCAGGUUCAAGAAAGCAGACAAGGAUGGUGACAUGAUAGCAACCCGGGAGGAGUUCACAGCCUUUUUACAUCCUGAAGAAUUUGAUUAUAUGAAAGACCUAGUUGUGACAGAAACCAUUGAAGACAUGGACAAGAAUGGAGAUGGAUUUGUACAGUUAGAAGAAUACAUUGGAGACUUGUACACUCCUGAAAGUGGAGAACCAGAGCCUGACUGGGUAAAGACGGAGCGGGAACAGUUCAAAGAAUUCCGGGACAUGAACAAAGACGGGAAGAUGGACCGUAAUGAAAUUUCUCACUGGAUCCUCCCAGGAGAGUAUGACCCUGUGGAAGCUGAAUCCAAACACCUGAUUUACGAAUCUGACACAAACAGGGAUGAAAAAUUGACUAAACAAGAGAUUCUGGAUAAUUGGAAUAUGUUUGUUGGUAGCCAAGCAACUAAUUAUGGGGAAGAUCUAACACGCAAACAUGAUGAAUUGUGAUUCUUUUUUUUUUUUAAUAACAGUUCCAGCCAAUCACAGCUUUGCAUCGAUUCCACUAACUGUUCUUAAGCUGCGUGUGAUUUACUUAUCUAAUUUGGAUUCUUUGACUGACUAUAUUUGUUCCUUUUUAUACCACUUAAUUAUGCACAGUAUUCAAGUGGCAGUGGCUUAUUAUAGAAGACUUAUGAACAAAACAUGGAUACAUGGACAGUAUUACUGUUUAACUCAAAUGUAAAUGAAAGCCAAAGACUGGUCUUCCUUCCAACAGCUUCCUUGUCUUCCCAUUGAGGGUGUUACAACUCUGCUGUGAUUGAUACCAAGCUACUGUUUGCUUUUUAAUGAACUUUUGUUUUAAAAUGUUCAGUCACGUUCAUUUUGUAUGUGUGUUGUUAAAUCUAGAAAAACGUUUUAUGAAGCAUCUUUCUAUAGUGAGAUACAUUCUAGGACCUGAUGUGUUAAGCAUUGCUUUCUUCUGCCUUGGAGAAGAAAGGAUAGCUAGUUAUUUUAUUUCCAGUAUGCCAUUUUACAGUCGUAUGAAGACAUACUCAAGUAUUUUUAUCUGAUUUAAUGUGGUCUAACAUUUCUGUAAUAAGUUCACUUUUAUACUGGAAACCCAGAGUUAGCAUAGUCUCUGUGAAUAGUAAAUAUGUGCAAUCCACACAUAACCUCAGGGAAACUUGUUUAGCAGCACUCCAGGCACUAGCCUUGUUUUUCAUAUGAAUCAUUUGUUUUUGACACAGCUUGGUAUCCUCCUAAUAAUGUAUUAACUCUUUUGGAAGGAGAGAAAGAGAGGUGUACAGCAUGUGGAAGUGUCUGCUACUAUAUUUGCCCAGAAAGUGUCAUUGCUUAAGAGACCAAGAAGCUGGGAUUUGAAUUUUCAUAUCAGAGAGAUUUUUUUUAUUUUUAAGUAGCAUUCCAUAAACUCUGAUAAAUAAACUUUGGACCAGACGCUAUGUAAUGCUAGCUCUAUAUCAAGUUUUUUACAAAAGAUAUUCAGAUGUACUUCACCAUUUUUACUCACAAAAUACAGUUUUGAUUUUGUCCAUAAA